AUGGCAGAUUCCACCCCGCACAUCGCUCAGACACUCCUUCAGCGCGCCUUUUCCCCGUCGACGGCGGAGUCGCACUACCAGGAACGUGCGGUAAAGCGACCUCUCUUCAUCCGCGCAACGUCUCCGACCCCAUCAGCGCGCGCCGUUCGCCGCCGCGCUCUCAACGACCGCAAGGAAUCCGCCCGGAAGCGCAGCAAGAACAAGCCUCGGCCGCUAUCCGCAGCCAAGAAGCGCGCACUGGGUCUUAAUGAGAUACCAAAGGAACAGCAAAAGUAUGCCAUAUAUGAGGGGCUGCAUAAGCUAUGGGUAGGAUACAUGAGGGAGGUGCUGGGUGCGAAUGAUGCGUCGAGGAGCGUUUUCAUCACUCCAAACGCCAGUGGACAGAUACUCGCGACCGCGGAUAUGCACGGCGCGCUGAUGACUGUGGUGAGGAGCCGAUGCGUGAGUCGCGUAGGCUUAGAGGGUAUCGUUGUACGCGACACGCGCUUUACCUUUGAGAUGAUAACCAAGAACAACGUUCUCAAAUCUGUGCCCAAGGAACACACCAUCUUUCGGUUUCAAGUGCCGCUUGCUUGUGGCGAGGGUGAAACUCCAAAAGAGCCGCUGACCUUUGAAUUGAAUGGCGAGCAAUUUCAAACACGCGCGGCCGACCGUGCCAACAAGAAGUUCAGGAUUCACUACCAGGCCGACAUAUGAGCAAUGAGACGAGCAGAAAGAGAUUGGUCAUGCUAUAUCCUCAGCCACUUGCCAAUGGCAUUGAGACCGGUGACAUACCGUUGGGCGCGCAAUGUCCAAACGAAGGCAAUUCGACGGCAAAGUCUGCGGGCCAACCUGCCGCCCACAAAAAUAGACAGUACACAGCGCAUGCAAAGGAGCAAAGGCUAUACAGCGCGUGGUCACAAGAUUCCAAGUGGCGCCAGAGUCAAGAUACAAAUUAAAUAUCGG